AUGGGACCGACGAAAACACAUAAAGUUUUUAAUGGACACAGGAGCAGUAAUCAGUGUGAUACCCCCCAGAGAACAGCAAGACCGAAAGGCGGCCCGUAUACGCUCCAGGCAGCAAACGGCUCGACGAUCGAGACAUAUGGGACCAAGACACUGACUCUUACCAUCGGCAUGCGGCGUGAUUUUACCUGGACUUUCACCCAGGCAGACGUAAAAACGCCAAUACUCGGAGCAGAUUUCCUGGCCCACUAUGACCUAGUCAUGCAUAUGAACACGAGGACUUUAUCAGACAACACAACGAACAUUUCUGUUAAAGGCACCCUCUCUCGACACAACACCACUGGAAUCAGUGUAACAAUUUGCCACGGACGAGAAUACGUCGAGAUCCUAAAUAGAUACCCAGACAUCAUUCAACCACUCGCGGGUACCGGUCCGGCAAAACACCAAACGCAGCAUUACAUAAAGACCAGUGGACAGCCAACAUUUUCCCACCCACGACGACUUCCUCCUCAUAAGCUUGAAUACGCCCAAAAGGAAUUCAAGAAUAUGCUGAUGGACGGAUUCAUACGACCCUCCGAUAGCCUAUACGCCUCACCCCUACAUCUCGUGCCUAAACCGGGAAGCACGGACUUUAGGGUAUGCGUCGAUUACAGAAGAUUGAAUGCCACAACCAUACCCGAUCCAGGCCGACCCAGCUUCAGCAGCAGAGGCCGACCCAGCCUCAGCAGCAGCAGGCCGACCCAACUUCAGUAG